AAGGCCUCUCGCACAAAUGCUACCACUGGACCUGGAUUACUGUGUACACUACCACCAACAUGCAACCCACCUCACAACACUCCUACCCCACUCUCCAACUCUCGCGAUCUGGAGAUCCACUACGGAAAAUACCAUGCUCAUGUGUGCGAACAGCCUGGGUGCGGAUUCGUCUUUCCCGACGCGCGCCUACUAGAACUUCACCAAACGGAAUGUCAUGAUCCACUUGCAGCGCUGCGAAAAGAGCGGGGUGAAAAGAUUUUUGCGUGCCACCUUGCAUCGUGCCCACGCAAGUUUUUAACCCCCAAAGCAAGGCGGUUGCAUCUUAUCCAAGCUCAUUCAUACCCAAGGGAAUAUUUCUUUGCUGUCACUAACAAGGGGGUUGGUGGACUGUUGAAACGAUGGGGGGACGGUGCGAGUAUGAUACGGGGGAAGUGGAAACCAAGGGAAAGCAAAGAAGAUGAGGGAAUACCCGAUAGUGAAGAAGGUGAAGACGAAAUGGAGUUAGACGGAGACUCAGAAGAAGAAGAGGCGGAGGAGGAGGAGGAGGAGGAGGAGGACGAAGGAGAGAGUGAUUAUGAGGGAGAUGCAACGCCCAAAGUCAGCCAACUUCAUGAUUUUGAUGUGGCUUCGUCUGCGACAACUCCGAGGAUGGCGACCGCGCAGUCUCCGAGACAGAGUGUUGCGCAGCAAUCGUCUGCGGAAGUGGAGAAGCUUGCGCAAUCGAUGACCUCGCUUUCGUUAGUACCAUCGUCGAUCAGGUUUGGGCGUGGAGGGAAGAAUGGUGGAUUU